AUGACUCCUUAUAUUUUACCUAUAGAACCUUCAGCUAAAGGGUCGCUACAGACUGAGCUAUUAAUAUUGAAUAAACUAUUGGAUGGUGACAUAUUAGAACUCUCGGCGCGUCUUUUGGAUUACAAUGCAGCUAAAGCUAAUAACAAACUAGAGACCAGUACUACACCACCCCCAUCACAACCGCCAGAAAGACAGGCUGAUUUGACAGAUAGAUUGCUCGAAAAAUGUGAGGAUUUUGAAACCGUCUGUAAUCACAUUCAACUUAUACUUGAACAAACAAAACAAAUACUUGUAUUGCAACAACAACAACAAGAAAAACAAAAGCAAACCCAACAACAGCAACAACAACAACAACAACAACAACAACAGCAGCAGCAGCAACAGCAGCAACAACAACAACAACAAUCAACAGAAAAAUCGAGUAGCCUAGAUCAAGAAAUGGACUAUACCUUACAAAGUGAUGACUUUAACACAGCACCUAAUAACAUGGAGGAAGACGAGGACAUGGAAGAGUUAUUACAGAUACAAAGAGAUCGUCUAGACAGACUACGAAAAGUCAUCCUCUUGGGCAUGGAUGCCGAUGCAGCUAAGGCUAAUUCAGAUAAUAAAGAAGAUUUAUUGUUUUGA